AUGGCACCACCAAGGAAACGAUGUAAAAUCAUAGAAUCAUCAUUUGAAGAAGUCGAUGUAUCAUCCGAAGAUGAAGAAGUGAAGUUUCUGGUACCUCCAUCCCCAACAAAAAAGUCAACAACACCACAACAAUGGCUUGAUAAAUAUCAACCUAAAACUGUGUCUGAAAUAUGUAUCAAUCCAACUAAACUCAAACAAGUCAAGGAUUCAUUAAGAAAAUUAAUCAAUCAUGAAUUAAAACUUUUAAUUUUAACAGGUCCAUGUGGUUCAAGUAAAUCAACAUCCAUUAGACUAUUAGCAAAUGAAUUUUAUAAAGGAGAUAUUUUUAAUGAUAAUAUAAUCGAAUAUGAUGAAUCAGAAAAAAUUGGAAGAUUUUUACAAAAUUGUAUAUAUAAAAAAGAUUCAAUUAUUUUAAUUGAUGAACUUCCAAAUGUUUAUCAUAAUGAGACAUUAAUUGAAUUUAGAGACGCGUUAAAUCAAUGGAUUUUUACAAAUGAUAUUACUCCUCCUUUGGUACUAUGUGUUAGUGAAUAUGAAUAUGAAUCAGAUAAUUUUGAUAAAGUUAGUUAUUCAAUCGAUAAUAAUAUGACUGUUGAUACGUUGUUAGGUAGAGAGUUUUUAGCAUCUCCUGGGGUGGAAGUUAUAAAAUUUAAUUCAAUUGCAGUUAGAUUUUUGAAAAAGACUGUGACAAAUGUUUUAAAGAACGAAGAAUUAGGAAGAAUGAUGAAUAAUCCAAAAUUUGAUGAGUUUUUACAAGAUUUGUAUAAAGUUGGAGAUAUACGAUCAAUUAUUUUUAAUUUAGAAUUAUGGGUUAAAUUUCAUAAAUCAGGUGGAGAUUACAAAAGAGAAGAUGCAAUAAAUAUUUUUCAUGCAAUUGGUAAGAUCAUUUAUUCCUCUAAAGAGGAUAUUGAUCCAAUCAUUCAAGUAAUAGAAAGAUAUCCUGAAAAGAAUUCAAAUUUAUUAAAUUUAGGGUUGUUGGAGAAUUAUCAUAUAUAUCAAGAUUCCAAAUUUGAUAUAAAAAUAGCUGAAGAAAUUUGUAAUGAUUUAAGUACAAAUGAUAUUAUUCAAUAUGGAGAAACUGGUAUGAGAUCAACUCGACUAAAUUUAGACAAAGCAGGUCCAAUAACAGGUACUUCUAAAUUGAAAAUGAAAUUUCCAAGACAUUUUAAAAUGUUGAAGAAUAUUAGAAAAACUCAUACACAAAUCAAUUCUUAUAGAAGAUAUAUAACUCCAAAUGUUUCCUUUGUUGAUUUAAACUUGAUAGAUGGUUAUUUUUUACCACAAAUAUAUAAUAAAAUUAGGAAAACUCGAUAUAGAUACAAUAGAUUAGGUGGGAAAUUUUUAGAAGUUUAUGCUGAUGAAAAUACAAUUGAUGAACAACCAAUAACGAAUUAUGAUUAUGACCAAUUUCAAAAUGAUAUUGAUAAUAAAAUAAAUAUAAAUGAUGAAGAGGAUGAAUUAAGUGAUCAAAUACAAGAACUGGAUUCUGAUGAUGAUUUUGCAUCUGAUAUUGAUUUUGAUUUUUUAAUUUCACAAGGUAAAUUAUAA